AUGGCUUGUUGGGCACUGCAAAUCACAGGACUAAUACUUGGAGGCAUCGGCAUGAUUGGGACUUUUGCAAUCACUGCCAUGCCUCAGUGGAGAGUGUCUGCUUUCAUUGAAGGUAACAUUGUGGUGUUUGAGAACAUCUGGGAAGGACUAUGGAUGAAUUGUGUCUAUCAAGUCAACAUCAAGAUGCAGUGUAAAUUCUAUGACACCGUACUAGCACUCCCACCUAUUUUAGAAGUAUCCAGAGGACUGAUGUGUUUUGCUGUGAUGCUGUCCGUUAUUGCCUUUCUGACAGCCAUUACUGGCAUGAAGUGCACUGUGUGUGUUGGGGAUAACAAGCAAGUCAGGAGUAACAUUCUGCUGGCAGCUGGGAUCAUUUUUAUCCUAACUGGGAUUCUAAUUUUGAUACCUGUGUCUUGGACUGCAAGCAACAUUAUUGGAGACUUCUAUAAUCCAGCAGUUCACGCAGGAUUGAAACGAGACCUGGGAGCUGCCCUCUACUUAGGCUGGUUGAGCUCAGCAUUUCUCAUGAUUGGAGGAGCAAUAUUUUGUAGCUUUUAUAGCUGUGCUGAUAAACCCAGAACAUGGAGGUAUUCAUCACAUUCCUGCCAUAGACCGCACAAGUUUGAGCAUGUGGAAAUGAAAUCCACAACCAAGCACGCUUAUGUCUAG